AUGUCGCGAUAUUUCACAACUCCACCGCCUGUGUAUGCGAGGAACUGGGCGAACGGUCAGAACUUGGUCGAAUCGACUAAGCAAGUCUCUGAUGAGUCUGAACAGCUUGAGAAGAGUUGUUUGACAGAAGAAAAUGAGCAGCAGCUUAACCAGGUUGGAUAUUUGUCUGAUGGUAGCCAAAACAGUAAGAAGAGAAGGAGGGAAGCUUCUCCUGCUGUUGAGAGUCAUAUUAAAGCUACUCAUGUAGCUGGUAAUCCGCUAAGGAUACGGUUUGUGUUCAAGAAACCUAAAGAAGCCGAGGCCUUACUACCUCAAGAGGAUCGUGUUUGCUCCACUUCAGGGAAUGAGCGACUUAAUGAAACAUUAAGUUCUGUCUUGGGUUCAGAGACCAGUGAACGUGAUGGUAAUCUGCCCUCGACUUCUCUUGACGGUGAUAAGAUUGCAAUUCCUUCUGAAUUGAAGAAGAGGAAGAAGCAUAAGCCACGCAAAGAAUCUCGGUACAACUCAUUGUUUGAUGAAUGGGUUCCUCCUCCCUGCAUUUCGUUGGAGGAAGACGAUAGUAACAGUGAUGAUUGGCUUUUUGGUCCAAAGAAGCAAGAGAACGCCUCUACCAAAGCAUCUAUCAAGAAAGAUGAAGAUCUGAUCAUGCACUUAAAGAAUUCAGAAGAUUCCAUUUUUCCUAGAGCUCGGUUUUUGCCUGAAGUAGGCAUUUUUUCAUUACCAUAUACGGUCCCGUUUUAG